AUGAGCCAACCACAAGAUAAAACCGCCGUCGACGUCGAAAAGGCCCAGCCUGCUUUCUCCGACACGGCCUCCAUAUUCUCCACAAGCUCAUUCGGAAGCGCCAAAGCUCUGUUCAAGAAACACACCUCAAACAAGUCCAGCAAAGCCGAUGGUUCCAGCUCCAGCUCCAGCUCCGGCUCUAGCUCUAGCCCCACCCAAGCUGAGUUGAACCGGAUCGCGCAGCGGAACCAAAGACACCUUAUUCGUCUUUUCGAGAUGGCUGGUUACUGGUUAUUUCGGCGGAGGGACGAGGAGAUGUAG